GAGAGCGCGGCCGGGGCGGUUGAGAAGAAGGCGGCUCCCGGAAGGGGGAGAGACAAACUGCCGUGCCCUCCGCCGUUCGGGAGCCCGGUUACUUAUUUAUUCGUUAACCUUUUUCUUCUUCCUCCUCCCCCGAAACCUUUUUCCUUUUCCCCUCUUUUUAUUUUUUUCCUUUUUGGGAGCCGAAAAAAAAAUCUCCGGAAAGGGGGAGAAGGGCUCUUUUCGCUCCCUUUUUUCACUUCCCCGCCUCUUUUCCCUCCCUCCCCCACCUCUCCCCCCUCCGUCUUUUUCCUCCCAACUCGGGGAGGUCCUUCCCGGCGGCCGCCCCGACGGGGUCUGAGCGCCUAGGCGGAGGCGGCGCAGGCUUUUUGUAGCGAGGUUUGCGCCUGCGCAGCGCGCCCGCCGCGGCCAUGCACGGGGGCGGCCCACCCUCCGGGGACAGCGCAUGCCCGCUGCGCACCAUCAAGAGAGUGCAGUUCGGAGUCCUCAGUCCGGAUGAGCUGAAGCGAAUGUCUGUGACAGAGGGUGGAAUCAAAUACCCAGAGACGACAGAGGGAGGCCGCCCUAAGCUUGGGGGGCUGAUGGAUCCAAGGCAGGGGGUGAUUGAACGGACUGGCCGCUGUCAGACAUGUGCAGGAAAUAUGACGGAGUGUCCUGGCCACUUUGGCCACAUCGAGCUGGCCAAGCCUGUGUUUCACGUGGGCUUUCUGGUCAAGACAAUGAAGGUUUUGCGCUGUGUCUGCUUCUUCUGCUCCAAACUGCUUGUGGACUCUAACAACCCGAAGAUCAAGGACAUCCUGGCCAAGUCCAAGGGGCAGCCUAAGAAGCGGCUCACACACGUCUAUGACCUUUGUAAAGGCAAAAACAUCUGUGAGGGCGGGGAGGAGAUGGACAACAAGUUUGGAGUGGAGCAGCCUGAGGGCGAUGAGGAUCUGACCAAGGAAAAGGGCCAUGGUGGCUGUGGGCGCUACCAGCCCCGGAUCCGGCGCUCGGGCCUGGAGCUGUAUGCCGAGUGGAAGCACGUGAACGAGGACUCCCAGGAGAAGAAGAUCCUGCUGAGUCCCGAGCGGGUGCAUGAGAUCUUCAAGCGCAUCUCGGAUGAGGAGUGCUUCGUGCUGGGCAUGGAGCCCCGCUACGCCCGGCCCGAGUGGAUGAUCGUCACGGUGCUGCCCGUGCCGCCUCUCUCCGUGCGGCCUGCUGUGGUGAUGCAGGGCUCUGCCCGCAACCAGGAUGACCUGACUCACAAGCUUGCUGACAUCGUGAAGAUCAACAACCAGCUGCGGCGGAACGAGCAGAAUGGCGCGGCCGCCCACGUCAUUGCGGAAGACGUGAAGCUCCUGCAGUUCCACGUGGCCACCAUGGUGGACAACGAGCUGCCCGGCCUGCCCCGUGCCAUGCAGAAAUCUGGGCGUCCACUCAAGUCUUUGAAGCAGCGGUUGAAGGGCAAGGAAGGCCGUGUGCGAGGGAACCUUAUGGGCAAACGAGUAGACUUCUCGGCCCGCACUGUCAUCACCCCCGACCCCAACCUCUCCAUCGACCAGGUUGGCGUGCCCCGCUCCAUCGCCGCCAACAUGACCUUUGCAGAGAUCGUCACUCCCUUCAACAUUGACAGACUUCAGGAACUAGUUCGCAGGGGCAACAGCCAGUACCCAGGCGCCAAGUACAUCAUCCGAGACAACGGCGAUCGCAUUGACUUGCGUUUCCACCCCAAGCCCAGUGACCUCCACCUGCAGACAGGCUAUAAGGUGGAACGGCACAUGUGUGACGGGGACAUUGUCAUCUUCAACCGGCAGCCAACUCUGCACAAGAUGUCCAUGAUGGGGCAUCGGGUCCGCAUCCUGCCCUGGUCUACUUUCCGCUUGAAUCUUAGUGUGACAACUCCAUACAACGCGGACUUCGAUGGGGAUGAGAUGAACCUGCACCUGCCACAAUCCCUGGAGACGCGGGCGGAGAUCCAGGAGCUGGCCAUGGUGCCUCGCAUGAUUGUCACACCCCAGAGCAAUCGGCCUGUCAUGGGUAUCGUGCAGGACACGCUCACGGCAGUGCGCAAGUUCACCAAGAGAGACGUCUUCCUGGAGCGGGGUGAAGUGAUGAACCUCCUCAUGUUCCUGUCUACGUGGGACGGGAAGGUGCCCCAGCCAGCCAUCCUGAAGCCCCGGCCCCUGUGGACAGGCAAGCAGAUCUUCUCCCUCAUCAUCCCUGGCCACAUUAACUGUGUCCGCACCCACAGCACCCAUCCUGACGAUGAGGACAGCGGCCCUUACAAGCACAUCUCUCCUGGGGACACCAAGGUGGUGGUGGAGAAUGGGGAGUUGAUCAUGGGCAUCCUGUGUAAGAAGUCUCUGGGGACCUCGGCCGGCUCCCUGGUCCACAUCUCCUACCUGGAGAUGGGCCAUGACAUCACUCGCCUCUUCUACUCCAACAUCCAGACUGUCAUCAACAACUGGCUGCUCAUUGAGGGCCAUACCAUCGGCAUUGGGGACUCCAUUGCUGACUCGAAGACUUACCAGGACAUUCAGAACACUAUUAAGAAGGCCAAACAGGAUGUAAUUGAGGUCAUUGAGAAGGCCCAUAACAACGAGUUGGAGCCCACCCCGGGGAACACUCUGCGGCAGACGUUUGAGAAUCAGGUGAAUCGCAUUCUCAACGACGCCCGAGACAAGACUGGCUCCUCUGCCCAGAAGUCCCUGUCUGAAUAUAACAACUUCAAGUCGAUGGUCGUGUCUGGAGCCAAAGGUUCCAAGAUCAACAUCUCCCAGGUCAUUGCUGUCGUCGGGCAGCAGAACGUAGAGGGCAAGCGGAUCCCGUUUGGAUUCAAGCACCGGACUCUGCCUCACUUCAUCAAGGAUGACUACGGGCCCGAGAGCCGUGGCUUUGUGGAGAACUCCUACCUGGCUGGCCUCACACCCACCGAGUUCUUCUUCCACGCCAUGGGAGGCCGGGAGGGGCUCAUCGACACAGCUGUGAAGACUGCCGAGACUGGAUACAUCCAGCGGCGGCUGAUCAAGUCCAUGGAGUCGGUGAUGGUGAAGUACGACGCGACCGUGCGGAACUCCAUCAACCAGGUGGUGCAGCUGCGCUACGGCGAGGACGGCCUGGCCGGCGAGAGUGUGGAGUUUCAGAACCUGGCCACGCUCAAGCCUUCCAACAAGGCUUUCGAGAAGAAGUUCCGCUUUGAUUACACCAACGAGCGGGCCCUGCGGCGCACUCUGCAGGAGGACCUGGUGAAGGAUGUGCUGAGCAACGCACACAUACAGAACGAACUGGAGCGCGAAUUUGAGCGCAUGCGUGAGGACCGGGAGGUGCUCAGGGUCAUCUUCCCGACUGGCGACAGCAAGGUUGUGCUUCCCUGUAACCUGCUGCGCAUGAUCUGGAAUGCUCAGAAAAUCUUCCACAUCAACCCUCGCCUUCCGUCCGACCUGCACCCCAUCAAGGUGGUCGAGGGAGUGAAGGAAUUGAGCAAGAAGCUGGUGAUCGUGAACGGGGACGACCCGCUGAGCCGGCAGGCGCAGGAGAACGCCACGCUGCUCUUCAACAUCCACCUGCGCUCCACGCUCUGCUCCCGCCGCAUGGCCGAGGAGUUUCGGCUCAGCGGAGAGGCCUUCGACUGGCUGCUGGGGGAGAUCGAGUCCAAGUUCAACCAAGCCAUUGCCCAUCCUGGGGAAAUGGUGGGAGCUCUGGCUGCACAGUCCCUCGGAGAGCCUGCCACCCAGAUGACCUUGAACACCUUCCACUACGCUGGUGUGUCCGCCAAGAAUGUGACGCUGGGUGUGCCUCGACUUAAGGAGCUCAUCAACAUUUCCAAGAAGCCGAAGACCCCCUCGCUUACUGUCUUUCUGCUGGGCCAGUCUGCUCGAGAUGCUGAGAGAGCUAAGGACAUUCUGUGCCGCCUGGAGCAUACGACUUUGAGGAAGGUGACUGCCAACACAGCCAUCUACUAUGACCCCAACCCCCAGAGCACGGUGGUGGCAGAGGAUCAGGAGUGGGUGAACGUCUACUAUGAGAUGCCGGACUUUGAUGUGGCCCGAAUCUCCCCCUGGCUGUUGCGAGUGGAGCUGGACCGGAAGCACAUGACUGAUCGAAAACUAACCAUGGAACAGAUUGCCGAAAAGAUCAACGCUGGCUUUGGCGAUGACUUGAACUGCAUCUUCAACGACGACAAUGCGGAGAAGCUGGUGCUGCGCAUCCGCAUCAUGAACAGUGAUGAAAACAAGAUGCAGGAGGAGGAGGAGGUGGUGGACAAGAUGGACGACGAUGUUUUCCUGCGCUGCAUCGAGUCCAACAUGCUGACAGACAUGACCCUGCAGGGGAUCGAGCAGAUCAGCAAGGUGUACAUGCACUUGCCGCAGACAGACAACAAGAAGAAGAUCAUCAUCACCGAGGACGGGGAGUUCAAGGCCCUGCAGGAGUGGAUCCUGGAGACGGACGGCGUGAGCCUGAUGCGGGUGCUGAGCGAGAAAGACGUGGACCCUGUGCGCACCACAUCCAAUGACAUCGUGGAGAUCUUCACGGUGCUGGGCAUCGAGGCCGUGCGGAAGGCGCUGGAGCGGGAGCUGUACCACGUCAUCUCCUUCGACGGCUCCUAUGUCAAUUACCGGCACUUGGCGCUCCUGUGUGACACCAUGACCUGCCGUGGCCACCUGAUGGCCAUCACCCGACACGGAGUCAACCGCCAGGACACCGGGCCUCUCAUGAAAUGCUCCUUUGAGGAAACGGUGGAUGUGCUUAUGGAAGCGGCUGCCCAUGGGGAGAGCGACCCCAUGAAGGGCGUCUCGGAGAACAUCAUGCUGGGCCAGUUGGCACCGGCUGGCACCGGCUGCUUCGACCUCCUGCUUGAUGCUGAGAAGUGCAAGUACGGCAUGGAGAUCCCCACCAACAUCCCCGGCCUGGGCGCUGCUGGACCCACUGGCAUGUUCUUUGGCUCAGCACCCAGUCCCAUGGGAGGAAUCUCUCCAGCCAUGACGCCCUGGAACCAGGGUGCAACCCCAGCCUAUGGCGCCUGGUCCCCCAGUGUGGGGAGUGGAAUGACCCCCGGAGCAGCUGGCUUCUCUCCCAGUGCUGCUUCAGAUGCCAGCGGCUUCAGCCCAGGUUACUCCCCUGCCUGGUCUCCUACACCCGGCUCCCCCGGCUCCCCGGGCCCCUCCAGCCCAUACAUCCCCUCGCCAGGUGGUGCCAUGUCCCCCAGCUACUCACCGACGUCACCUGCCUACGAGCCCCGCUCCCCCGGAGGCUACACACCCCAGAGUCCUUCCUAUUCACCCACAUCACCCUCCUAUUCCCCCACCUCUCCAUCCUAUUCUCCAACCAGCCCCAACUAUAGCCCCACGUCACCCAGCUACUCCCCAACCUCACCCAGCUACUCCCCGACCUCGCCUAGCUACUCCCCGACCUCGCCCAGCUACUCCCCGACCUCGCCCAGCUACUCGCCAACUUCCCCAAGCUACUCUCCAACAUCACCCAGCUACUCGCCCACCUCUCCUAGCUACUCGCCCACCUCUCCCAGCUACUCGCCCACCUCUCCCAGCUACUCGCCAACUUCACCCAGCUACUCCCCCACCUCUCCCAGCUACUCACCAACGUCGCCCAGCUACUCGCCUACAUCUCCAAGCUACUCACCAACUUCUCCAAGUUAUUCACCCACGAGUCCUAACUAUUCUCCAACCAGUCCCAAUUACACCCCAACAUCACCCAGUUACAGCCCCACAUCACCCAGCUACUCACCCACGAGUCCCAACUAUACGCCUACCAGCCCAAACUACAGCCCAACUUCUCCAAGUUACUCUCCGACCUCACCCAGCUACUCUCCGACCUCACCCAGCUACUCCCCUUCCAGCCCACGAUACACACCACAGUCUCCAACCUAUACCCCGAGCUCACCCAGCUACAGCCCCAGCUCACCCAGCUACAGCCCCACCUCACCCAAGUAUACCCCAACCAGUCCUUCCUACAGCCCCAGCUCACCAGAGUACACCCCAACCUCCCCCAAGUACUCGCCCACCAGCCCCAAGUACUCACCCACCUCCCCCAAGUACUCACCCACCAGCCCCACCUACUCACCCACCACCCCCAAGUACUCCCCAACAUCUCCCACUUACUCACCAACCUCUCCUGUCUACACCCCAACCUCCCCCAAGUACUCACCCACCAGCCCCACCUACUCACCCACUUCCCCCAAGUACUCGCCCACUAGCCCCACCUACUCCCCCACCUCCCCCAAAGGCUCCACCUACUCGCCUACUUCACCGGGCUACUCCCCCACCAGCCCCACCUACAGCCUCACCAGCCCAGCCAUCAGCCCAGAUGACAGCGACGAGGAGAACUGAGGGUGAGCAGGGCGCGGUAGCAGCUGGCUAGUGCCUGCUGCCCUCUCACCUCCCUCCUGGGCCGGGAGCCUCCUGCUGGCUCCUCUGUACAUAGUUCCUUGUGACGAGUUUGCCGUUGAAGUCUGGACCCCGUUUCCGAGGGAUUUUUUCGUCUUGCUCUCUACUCGUGUUGUCUCAGACCCCCCCCCCCCCCGACCUAGCUGUGAUUCUCCUACUCUGACCCCACAUGAAGAUCCUUCCUGGCCUGUGGCUUGAUUAGGGGUAAGGGGUAUUUUCACUUCUUAGGGGUAAUUCCGGCUCUGGUUUGGUAACAUCAGAUCUCGGGAAAGAACAAAUCUAAAGCUGCCUUUUGUCUGUUAUUUUAUUUUUUUGAAGUUUAAAUAAAGUUUACUAAUUUUG